AUGCACCACGCCAUGCAACAUGGCUCGGACGCCAUCGAGCCUGAUUUCUCGGAUGUCGAUUCAGCGUACCCGGAAUCGUUGGGUGACGCCAGUUAUACCACCAGUAUCACAUCAUCUGCACUAAACUAUCAAUACCACUCCUACCAUGAAGGCGAAUAUGUCCUGCCGAACGAUGAGAGAGAACAAGAUCGUCUUGAUCUGAGUCACCACAUUUACUUAAUGCUCCUUAAGGGGGAGCUUCACGCUGCGCCAAUAAAAAACCCAAGGAGGGUAUUAGAUAUUGGUACGGGUACGGGGAUAUGGGCUAUGGAUUUUGCAGACGAACAUCCGGAAACAGAAGUAAUUGGAAUUGAUUUCAGUCCCAUUCAACCAUCAUGGGUACCGCCGAAUUGUCGCUUUGCAAUUGACGACUUCGAACAACCGUGGUCAUAUAGCAAGCCAUUCGACUUCAUCCAUGGACGCGAGCUAGAGGGAGCCAUCCGCGAUCAUGACACGUUAUUCCAACAAGCCUUCCAGUAUUUGAAUCCAAACGGAUGGCUAGAGAUGUCCACGAUUGAAGUCAAUACAUACUCAGAUGACGACACCCAUCUCAAAGCAACAAAUAUGCUCGAGAGUGUGAUACAAUUACACGCAGGGUCAAGGAUGUUCGGAAAAGACAUGUCAUCCGUGUUCACUUGGAAAGAGAAGAUGGAGAAGGCCGGAUUCAUCAACGUAGAGGAACGGGUGUUCAAGGUAUUUGCUCUUCCCCAAAGUCCUUGGCCUAAAGAUCCUAAGCUGAAAGAGCUGGGACGAUAUCACCAACUCAACAUGUUGGAAGCCAUGCCCACCUAUAGCUAUGCGCUAUUCACACGCAUGCUUGGAUGGGAUCGAAUGCGGAUUGAGGCUCUUUUGGCCGGUGUUCGCCACGAAUUGAAAGAUUUGUCGAACCAUUUGUAUUCAAAAGUACAUAUGGUAUACGGGCAAAGGCCGGAGUGA